GUUUGUUGUUGUUUCUCCAGAGAAGUGACAGGUGUUGUCCAGUAGGGGGCAGGUAACCAGCAGCCAGCCUGCUGGAGAAGGAGUUUACUUCCGGCCAAACAGAGACUGCCAUUGGCUGAAACACUCGUGGCUUUUGUAACGUUACGAAAAGUCUUUUGUAACUGUUGAAUAAUGUUCUACUGAGACGUUAAUUUGUCGCUUGGUCUGCGGCUGCUGGUUCGAGCAAAACCUGUAGGGAAACGCAAAAGAGAAAGUUCAAACCUGCAGGACGCCCCCCCGUCCCCGGCUUUGGCAGCAGGAUGUCCCCGGUGCCUAAAGUGAGACUGUCCGGAGGUCUGGAGAUCUGUCGGGUCCUGAACGGGAUGUGGCAGGUGUCCGGGGCUCACGGGGCGGUGGAUAAGGCCAGAGCAGUUGAGGCCAUGCGGGCCUACGUAGAGGCAGGUCUGACCACAUUCGACAUGGCAGACAUUUAUGGGCCUGCAGAAGAAAUAUUCGGACAGUUCAACAGCCAGCUGAAGUCCAAAUCCUCUGGGAAUGCCAUCCCAGCUCUACAGAGUCUGACCAAAUAUGUGCCCAGACCAGGACCAAUGGACCGCAAGGUGGUGGAGAAGGCGCUGCAGCGCUCCAUGAGCCGUAUGCAGGUGGACAGUCUGGACUGUGUUCAGUUCCACUGGUGGGACUAUAGAGACAAGAGAUACCUGGAUGCGCUGGGACACCUGUCCGAUCUGCAGCAGGAGGGAGUCAUACGUGAGCUUGCCCUCACUAACUUUGACACACAGAGACUGGAGGAGAUCACCAACAGAGGCAUCCGCAUCUCCAGCAACCAGGUUCAGUAUUCUGUGAUUGACCAGCGACCUGCAGUGAAGAUGGAGCAGUUCUGUCUGGCCAACGACAUUCAGCUCCUGACUUAUGGCACUCUGGCUGGUGGUCUGCUCUCGGAGCGUUAUCUGGGGAAAGCGGAGCCUAACUCUAGGGCGGAACUCUACACAGCCUCCCUCUCCAAGUACAAAAACAUGAUCGACACUUGGGGUGGCUGGAGCCUUUUCCAGGACCUCCUGGUCACCUUGGAGACCGUCGCCAAGAGACACGAUUGCUCACUGGCCAGCGUGGCGACGCGUUACGUGCUGGACCGCCCUGCGGUGGGCGGGGUCAUUGUGGGCUGUCGGUUAGGCGUUGCAGGGGCGGGGCAGCACGUCAGCGACAGUCUGCGUAGCUGCAGCCCUGACCUGAAGCUCACAGCAGAAGAUCUCGCCGCCAUCGAAACAGUGACACGUUGCUCCAGGGACCUCAUGGCACUCAUCGGGGACUGCGGUGAUGAGUACAGGAGCUAAAGGGGGGAGGAGGGAGACUGAUAGACUGGAUGUGACAGAUGGGGUGAGGAGGACAAUGAAUAACUAAGAGAGAGGAGUAACAUCUCCAACAGUACAUUCACAUAGUGUAAAAGAAUAAAAUGCAUUUGGCAAGCUUUGACCUAUCUAUUCCUUUUACUUUUAUAAGACUUGUGAAAAUGACUCUCCUCAUAAAGGUGUCAUUAUUUUGAAUAUUUGAUGCAGUUAAACAGAUUGAACACUUAUCUCCUACAGCGCAUUCUUACCCCACUUAAGUGUUUUAUGAGGGAGAGGAACUUCUUAUUCAGGUUAGAGUACAGUUGCACUGAGACACACAGACUUAGCAAUCAGUGUUUACACACAAAUGUCUAGUAUUCAGAGAAAGUAGUUCAGAGAAACUUCAGUGUCUCAGUUGGCUAAGCUGUAAUAUAAAUGUAUAUUGAAUAAAACCUAAUGAGAUAUGGGGUCUGAAUUAUGGCCUUCAGAACUCGUUUUACUUGAAUUAAAUAUUUAAGUUGAAACUUUUUUUUUUUCUUACAAAGAACAUGAACAAUGAAAAAUGUAUGUAAAAGGGAACAGAAACAUUUUUCAUUAUUUUUGCUGUUUCCCUAGCAUUUAUCCAUUAAAAGGAACAUUUCACCCAAAUCACAAUAAAGUUUUCUCACUUAA